UCGCCGGCACCGUCGCCGUCUCACUCUCAGUCUAGACCCUCUCACUCUCACUCUCAGUCUCUCUCUCUCUCUCACGAGACGUCUCUCUCUCACUCUCACACUCUCUCCGAGCCUGUCGCUCCUUCGCCGGCACCGUCGCCGUCGCUGGCUCUCUCGCUUCCGUCGCCGUCGCUGCCUUUCGCUUCCAUCGCCGUCGCUGCCUUUCGCUUCCGUCGGUCUGUCUCCGCCUCGCAUCUUUCUCCCUCAGUGGUUGGCGAAGUACCUCACAAAAAAGUAAGGACUCUCUCUUUUUUUCUGGGUUUAUUUGGUGCCGUGCGCUCACUGCAAGGCCAUUCUCAAUGUCCCUCAUGGCUUGGCCAGGUUCACUUGCCCUCAGUGCAACGUUGACCUCGCUGUCGAUUUGUCCAAGCUCAAGCAGUUCUAUCAGCCUCGCCAGACUCCGCCUCCGCCUCCCGAGGAAAUCAACGAGUAUGGCUGCUAUUCCUGCUCAGCUCCCUGAUGAGUUUGGUCCUGGGCCCAUUGACGAUUCGGUGUUAAGGUUUAUAAAAACACAUCGAGCGUGCGCUAUUUGGGAAGGCAAGGAUCCAGGGCCACUGACAUGCCGCGGUCGUAAUGACGAGUUCCGAAAACGACGCCGGAUAGUGGUGGAUGAUCGUAUCGUCGACAUUGUGAAGAGAGUUGGAUUAGAGGGGCUGUAUAGGACCCCAGGUAGAGAGAUUGAUCAUAACCUGAUCACGGCCUUCGUUGAGCGAUGGCGGCCUGAAACCCACACCUUCCACCUGCCCCAUGGUGAGACAACGAUCACAUUACAAGAUGUGGAGGUUCUUUUCGGGAUUCCAAUCGAUGGUGAGGCAAUUGUUGGAACAACUGACUUGAAAUGGAAGGAUGAAUGUCGGAGUCUGCUUGGAAUUGCUACUAAUAGCACCACGCUUCAAGGACAAAGGAUCCAAAUUAAGAAGCUACUAGAAAAAAUUGACGAAGGGUUGCCCGAUGAUGCAACAGAGGUGGUUGUGCAUCAAUAUGCACGGUGUUAUAUCCUAGCACUCCUGGGAGACACAAUUUUCGCCGACAAGUCUGGUGAUAGGGUGCAUACGAUGUGGUUGCAGAUGCUGAGGAACCUUCGAAAUCCACCUCAGUACAGUUGGGGGAGCGCUUGCCUUGCAUGGAUGUACAGACAGUUAUGCAGGGCAACCGACAGAGGUGCUAGUCAGAUUGGUGGGGCCUUGUUGCUAGUUCAGUAUUGGGCAUGGGUCAGAUUCCCUUUUUUGUGCCCAAGGAUGGACCUCCCACCAGAUGGUGCAUAUGGCCCACCAUUUGCACCUUCUCCAUUGUCUAUUAAGACUGUGUGGGUUGUGAACACCUUGAAUAGCCCCGCCGAAAUCUGUUUGGUCCGGUACCGUCAGCUUUUAGAUUGUAUGCAUCCAAAGCAGGUGGUGUGGCAACCAUAUGAAGCUGAAUUAGCCCACCUGCCUGCGUUUUGUGUCGCCGGAAGGGAUGUAUGGACAGCGAGGGUACCGCUUGUAUGUUUCUGGCUAGUAGAGAAACAUACACCGGACCGUGUUGUUCGUCAGUUCGGGAUGGUACAAGAACCCCCCCUAUAUGUUGAUACUGACGAAGCCCUUCAUGCCAUAAACCUGAGGGGGAAGAUGGAGGUGAAUUGGAGGGACAGACAUUAUGGCCAUAUCCGAGUAUGGGAUAGUCGAGCACGAUCUCUAUGUCCUGGAGCACAACUAGAGGGUGAUAUGUCGCCUACUCAUCCAUACUUCGAUUGGUACGAUAGGGUGACUUAGAGGUUCGUCGACCACACUUCGGCUUCACUUAUUAUUAUGGUUGCCAGUCACAAGAAGUUGUUGAAACUUUAUACAGUAGGCAGUCAUGAGUACAAGCAUAUUUCAGCUGUACUUAAGACAGUGGAACGCCUUCACCGUAUAACUGCUCGACUUCCGUUGGAAGAUAUCGAUGGGGCAAAUCCAGAAGCGCCAGAAGAUACUGGACGACCAAGCACAAGCUCAACUCAUGCCAGCCAUAGCCAUGGUCAGCGUGCUGCAUCCCAUCAGGUCGUUAGUAGGGCAGAUCUCCCUCCACCCCCACGUGCAUCUCCUGCCCCAGAGUUCCCUCCACCUCCACAUGCAUCUCCUUCCCCAGAGAUCCCUCCACGUACUGCUCAUGCAGUUUCUGACCUAGAGAUCUCUCUACCCACUGCUCAUGCAUCUUUUCACCCCGAGAUCCCUUCACACACCUCACAUACAUUUUUUGAUCCUGCUCAUCUUUCAUUUACUCCACCAUCCUUUGAUCUCGGCCCUGAUUUCAGUCAAACCCCUCCUGUCAUGCACACGCAAUCCCCCUCGUACAGCAUUGGUCAUACAGACCAUGUACCACCCCAUAGUCACUCCAUGUCAUUCAUGCCCACUCCUAGACUGCAUAUAGAUCCCAUGACUACGGGCACUCACAUUUCAUUUGCUACACCAUCCUCCCCCGCAGUUGUUGGGAGUCAAGCAAAACAGCAAGCUGUGCAUGUUGAGAAUGAGCAGGUUGUUGGGUUAUAGUCACCCCCACAAGGUCGACCUAAACGUACAAUAAAAGCACCUCCUUGUGGGACAGGUGGUCACAAAGCAGGACACAACGUUGGCCCCACGCAUCGUGAGGAGCCUCACGAAGGAGAUGCAGUACCCCCUCCCCCACAUACCAGACACUAUACGAGACAGCAUAAGCGUAAAAUGCAUUAGGAUUAGCAUCCCAUAGAGAUUGUUGAUCUUUCAUAUAGUGGAAGUGUGUCAAAAAUUGGUGGAUUAACUUUUGAUGAGCUGGCUAGGGAGACUUUAUCUUUUUGGGUGAAGGCAUUCUCUGAGGAUACAGCUAAAAGACUAGAAAAUUUUGGGUUCAUACAAUUCAGACCAGGAGAAUGUGAGGCCCAAUGCUGAAAACCUCCCUGAGGAUUUGGGUUUGAUUGUGACUUAUUGUUGGAGAGAGGACCCAAACACUCGACCAAACUUCAAGCAAAUUAUACAGAUGCUCUUGCAUUAUCUGUCUACUAUUUCACCACCAGCGCCCACUAUCCCUCCUCGGAUAUAUGCUGAAAAAUAUACUGUUUUUCCGCCAGAAUCUCCUGGUACAAGUUCCUUAAUGGCUGCAAGACAUGACUCAGGGGAAACCCCAACAUCCAAUAUAGAAGACAACUCUGCUCAAGCAAGGGAGAAAGCUGAAAAAGAGGGAUUUGAAGUAAGCAAUCCCAAGACCCAAAAUUUGGUGGCUAACACAAAGGCCCUAGCAGAAAAUGAAGGGGAAGGACUUGCGAAGCACAGUUGCAGAGUUGGUGGAAGUGGGUCCUGAAAAGUUAAAGGAGAUAGUUCAAUUUCAGAAAGAUCAGGUUGAGCUUCAAGUAUUGCUUUCAAUGAAGGGAUGAUAUCCUCCUCCAUUAACUGAGGCAGUGGCUUGGCCGCAGCUUUUGCUGGAGGUUUGGCCUUUGCUGGAGCUUCUUCUUGAGCUGUCUUCACCUCCUUUGUUUCGGCAGCCACUGGAGAUUAUAAGGAAGGAUAUUAUAUUGGAGUGGAAGUAGUUGAAGGUGACCCAGAAGCAGAAAAACCAUUUUAUGGUCCAGGCUGAGAUUCAUUGCGGACAGGCUGAGAUCUGGAGGCAGAUUACUGCUGCUGGAGACACUUGUACUGAAGUGACAGAUUGUAUAAGUCAAGUUUUAGGACUUCAUAUUCUGGGUUGGUUGGGCCGGCUUGCUUUCCCUCCUCCUCGAUGUUUAUUAGUUCUUCCACCUCGGCCUCUCUCUUGUGGUGUUUUCCCUAAUUUUGAUUCCAUAUUUGUUCCUCGAGAUAAAGAUGUGUCUAAUUGUGAAGGCUCUGCUGACCUGCAUCAUAGCCCUUCAAUUGUUGAAUUUGAUGAGACGUCAUCACAAAUAUCUUGUCGUGACGCUCAGUCUUCAAGUGAAUUGUCAAUCCCCAAGAGUCCUCCUGCUUUGCUAAAAGGUAGCGUAACAACUUUAAACGUGGAUGUGCUUGAGUAGACAGUGUUGCCUCUUCAAAAUCAGCUUCUUACCCAUCUUGAAUCAAUGAAUCCGCUUCAACACGAGUCCAUGACACAGGUGGUGGAAGGGGAGAGUUGAUGGAGCGGUACCAUAGUGAGAAAGUAAGGUAUAUAAGCAAAGUGGCUACUAUAAGCAACAAUAGUGUAGCUGUGUAGCAUCUAUCCAUUUUGGCUAUAUAAUUUGAUUGUUUUUUAUAUGUAAUUUGUCACUUUGUUCCAUCCUUGGAUAAAUGGAUUGGAUUUAGCUAGAUCUUAUGUAUGAUCGUAUAGCCUCUUCAUAAUCAGUAUGUUGGUUUGCGUAAUGCUUUGUAUGUGAAUUGCAUAGCUUGUACAAGGAUUUUUCUAUGUACAGCUUUUAAAUUAUGUUGAGAUUUACCGAAAUGAUACUAAUUUGAUAAAUAAAA